AAGAAACUACCAUAAAUAAAAUAUCCAUAUGACGUCACUGAAAAUAUCAGAAUAUGGUGGCAAAGUGUUAAAGUGUAUUUCGUUUCGAAGUAAUUAGCUUAGCAGUUGGGCUUAAUAUUUUGCAGUCUUCAUCUUGCUAAUAACCUUACCACAUUUUGGUUUUCCUGAACAAAUCAUUCAAUUAUGAGUUGAACAAUAUUUUUGUUUUUAGCUAGUAAUGUUUAUCCGGCAGCCGGAUUGAACUAUUUUGACCUGAUAUAAACACCAUGGAAAACGUUCGAGGAAUAAUAGAGUAUAUAAGAGCAUUUUUCUCCGCUCCAAUUCCAGAAACAAAUCGAAAAAGAAGAGCUGCAGAUCCUUUAGAACCAUUGUCAAGUGCCAAAUGCAGAAAAGUGCAGUCGAAUAUGUCUCGUGGAGUUAUAGAUUUAGACAAUGAAAAUUAUUUCGCAAGUCCUAAACUCUCCAAGAGAUCCCCAAUUUUUAAAACACCACCAACCUGCAUUAUAGAUACUGUCAUACUGGAUGAUGAUAAUGAUGAGAUAGAAGUGAAGAAGCCUGGAAGUCGUUCCCAGUUUCGUUUAGGAAACAACCAUUUUACUUCAACUCCAGAAAAACGUAUGGGUAGAACAUAUAUGCAUAUGAAUGGAAAUGGUGUUGAUGAAGAUGAUGUCGAAUUUGUAAAAGAAAUCAAAUCGCCUAAUAAAAAAAAAAUAGAAACCACAAAAUUAGGCUUGAAUUAUAUAGAACCAUUUUCAGGAAGUAUUUAUAAAUUUGGGAGCUUGAGGAACAUUACAAAAUCUAAAGUAAGAUCCUCGCUAGCUAAUGGUUUGCAAAAAAAAGAUAAUAGUUUGAACCAUUCCAUUAGAUUAGAUGAAAAGUAUAAGUAUAAACAAUUACUAGAAGCUAUUGGGACUCCUGGAGAAAAAUCGAUUUAUGGAACACCUGAAGGAAAAUUGUUUAAUAAUUUUGAUACUGGGAACAGAUCUCAACGGAUGGUGAAUAUGGCAUUGAAAUCACCUCAAUAUUAUAAAGAUCGUUUGUCAACAAAAGACAGAAUAAAGAAAGUGUUAGACAACUUUGAAAACGAACCUGUACUAGUAAAAGAUUCAGAUUCUGAACCUGAUGUAAUAUUCGUCAGUCCUCCUUCACCAAAACCUGACUUCAAAGUUGAACCAGUGAACAGUUUCAAGAAAGUUGUUGAUACUGCCCGCCAAACAAGAACUGAUUGGUUGGAAGAGAUGGUGGAUAGACAUCGAAACCUUGUUGAACAAAGAAAACAAGAAAUUAAUAUCCUCAAAGAAUGUUCCAACAAACAUGAAAAAAUCAAUAAAGACAUGCGAAUGGAUAUCCUCACUGAUAAAAUCAACAGAGCUCUCUCAAUACGAGAAGCAGUCCUGCCUUUGGAAGAAAAAGAGGAAGAAGUGGAACUGCCUCCCCUAACUGAUGAUCAGUUGAAAAUGGUCGAAAAAGCAUUCAGAGGUGAUCCCAACGAAGUUUUGGCUAAAAAGUUUAACCUCAACAUAACAAGAAGAGAUCUUUUAACUCUCGCAGGACUGAACUGGUUGAAUGAUGAGGUUAUCAACUUUUACAUGAAUAUGAUCAUAGAAAGAGGCAAUGACUCCAAAUGGCCAAAAUCGUAUGCCUUCAACACAUUUUUCUAUUCCAAAUUGAUUAAAGAUGGACCCCAGUCAUUGAGAAGAUGGACUAAAAGAGUAGAUAUCUUCAGCCAUGACUUGGUAUGUGUUCCCAUACAUUUGGGGAUGCAUUGGUGUAUGGCAGUAAUUGAUUUUAGGGAUAAGUCUAUAAG